CCCGGCGGAGCGGUGCGGAACCCGGCGGGCGCUGCCGGCGCCUCCCCGCUGGCCCCGCCGGUCCGGGGCGCGGCGGCGGGAGCAGAAUCUUCUCCUUCAUCCCCAGAGCAAGGGGAGAUGACAUCUCGGCUCCUCUGAACCGGCAGCGCCCGGGGACCGGCAGAGCCAUGGAGCUGGAAUACGAGCUGCCCAACGCCACCGCCUUCUGGUUCUCCCCGGCUUCCCCCUUCGACAACUUCUCCGUGGAGGCGCCCACCAACGCGUCGCAGAACGCCACGGGUCACCACUUCGACCUGACCAGCAACGCCAUCCUCACCUUCAUCUACUUCGUGGUCUGCAUCAUCGGGCUGUGCGGCAACACGCUGGUGAUAUACGUCAUCCUCCGUUACGCCAAGAUGAAGACCAUCACCAACAUCUACAUCCUCAACCUGGCCAUCGCCGACGAGCUCUUCAUGCUCGGUCUGCCCUUCCUGGCCAUGCAGGUGGCCCUGGUGCACUGGCCCUUUGGCAAAGCCAUCUGCAGAAUUGUCAUGACGGUGGACGGGAUCAACCAGUUCACCAGUAUCUUCUGCUUGACGGUUAUGAGCGUUGACCGGUACCUGGCUGUUGUCCAUCCCAUUAAAUCCGCCAAGUGGAGGCGGCCCAGGACAGCCAAAAUGAUCAAUGUGGCCGUUUGGGGAGUCUCCCUGUUGGUGAUCAUGCCCAUCAUGAUUUAUGCUGGGGUGCAACAUAAUCAUGGCAGGAGUAGCUGCACCAUCAUCUGGCCGGGAGAGUCGGGCGCCUGGUACACGGGCUUCAUCAUCUACGCCUUCAUCCUGGGCUUUCUGGUGCCUCUCACCAUCAUCUGCCUUUGCUACUUGUUCAUCAUCAUCAAAGUCAAGUCCUCGGGCAUCAGAGUGGGCUCCUCCAAGAGGAAAAAGUCGGAGAAGAAAGUCACCAGGAUGGUCUCCAUCGUGGUGGCCGUCUUCAUCUUCUGCUGGCUCCCCUUCUACAUCUUUAACGUCUCCUCAGUCUCCGUCCUCAUCGUCCCCACCCCUGUCCUCAAGGGCAUGUUCGACUUCGUGGUGGUCCUCAGUUACGCCAACAGCUGCGCCAACCCCAUCCUUUACGCCUUCUUGUCCGACAACUUCAAGAAGAGCUUUCAGAACGUCCUCUGCCUGGUGAAGGUCAGUGGCAUGGACGAGGCGGACCGGAGCGACAGCAAGCAGGACAAAUCCAGGCUCAACGAGACCACGGAAACCCAAAGGACCCUGCUCAAUGGCGACCUGCAGACGAGCAUCUGAGGGGACGGCGGGGUUGUCCUUCCUUCGCUCUCCUCUCCCCACUUGCUCCCACCUGGCAGUGGCACGUACGGAGUCAGGGCAGGAGAGCCAAGCGUAGGGGACAGCGGUGCACACACCGAUGGGCGGCGGGGGGUCCUCAGCUGGGCUCCUCCUGAGCUGCUGGUGGGUUGGCUUUCAGGCACUGGGAAGGAGAUGGAUGAAGAGGAGCUGGGAAGGCUACGGAUGCCAGGAAAACACGGACAACUUGUGGCGACGCAGCGCGUUUCAACACCAAAGUGCCACCAUGGGCAACAGCUGGCUGCCCCCCACUGUUCCCCCGUGGGGCUGGGUGGCUUUGGGUGCUCUGCCCCACACCCACGGACACACACACGCAGCGGUGGUGGCCUCAGGAGGAACCGAGGCCACGGUGUGUGCCACCACACGUGCCACCGCAGAGAUGCUCCGUCUUAGAGCCAAGACCUGGUGGGAUCUCCCUUGGGAGCCCAAGCGUGGUCCGGCCACCACCCUCCCUGGGACACAAGGAUAUUUGGGGUCCCAUUUUUGCCCGGCUUCGAAGUUACUCCACCGCUGCCUCCCCCGAAGCCUCCCUGGCUGCUGAGUGACCCCUGCCCGGGGGGGACACGUCGGGACGGAGGCAGCUGCCACCCCUCCGGUGCCACCCCGCUCCUGUCCUGCCUCCUCCAUCCCCGCUCCCCUUCCCUCCCUCCGCCGGGACGUCACCUGCCCCCAGGUUUUUCCUCUUCGGAGGGAGGAUUUACCACCCCCCCCCCCCC